AAGGUAAGUCGUUUAAGUCGCUCAAUAAUCGCGAGCACCUUAUUUUAAAAAAAUUUUUCCCAAUACAUUCAAGUCGCCAAAAUGAAGCGCUUUCAUCUACCGAAGCACAUUGUUACCGUUUCGCUGCUUGUCUUCGUUUUGGAAACAUCAACCGUGGCAGGACGCCUAAUGUACGGCGAGUGCACGGGGAAGAGGCUGGAAAAUGCUCUAACGACAUCUGCCGGUAGAUGCUUCGCAUUGGGCGGAACGUGUUGCGAUAUGGGCGGCUACAUGAUUAACGACCCGAGGACAAUGGCACCAACCGAUAAAUGCCUCACUUGCUACAAUCCGAACGUUAAGGUCAAAUGCACUGGCAAGUUGAUUCGAGCUAGACCUGCCGUUUGGGGUGUGGACGCUAAUUCGUGGGUUACUGCGGCUAAAUGCAUUAGACUCAACGGCCAAUGCUGCGACAAUGGCAGGACACGUUUCUGUCCUAAAUCUUCCCCUAAAGAAUUAUUUUGCAACGAUUGCUACGCGGGUGUGAAUACGAACGCCGGAUGCAGCGGCAGGUUAUUGGCUUCCAGCGAUUUCACGCCGAGCGUCUGCGUCAAAUUUGGCGGUCGUUGUUGCGACGGAGACGUCCGUGGUAAUAGGACCGGCUCAGCUUUCGCGCCAACAAGAAUUUUCAAUUCAGCCGUGGGGAAGCAAUGCAAUUUGUGUUACAAUGGCCCACCAAACGUUAUCGAUUAAAAGAAAAAAGCCUUUCCUAAUGAAACUGAUUCUAAAAAAUACAUCCGUCGUUAAGCAUUCACAAA